AUGGCGUCCGCUUCAAGCUCGCGCCCCGUCUACCCGAUGCUCCACUAUGCCAGCCAGUACCAGAGUGGCGGAGGCAGCGACCCUCCCCGCAGGCCCAAUGGCAACGGCAACAACAACAACGGCCACGCCCGUGAUGCUGCCGAGAAUCUCUUCAUGCUUUGCAAGCGUUGCGGUCAGGUUUUGCACGGUGGCAACUGCCGCUGCCGUCAUUGCGAUGGCGUUGGACACAUCAACCAGCCGUGCCCCAUGCCUUUCCUGAGGCUCCUUGAUGAGGGUGUCGCAAGACUGCAAGACAUGCUUCCUUCCCGCCAUAUUAUUCAAGAUGAAGUUAACUCUUGGUACGGCGAGGUUACGAACAUCGAUGCGCGUCUUCCCGGGCUGCGCGAGGCCUUAAGGAACGGCACGGACGAUAUCAUGCAGGAAGUCGACCGCCUCAGCACUGAGCUCAUCCAGCUUCUU